AUGGCUAAAAACAUGGCCAUUAAAGGAAAGAUUAAAGUUGCAGUUUCACCUGUCGAGAUGCUAUCUCAGAAUGAAAAGGAUAGUGCACGUGGAAAUGAGCCAAGUGAAGAGGCCAAAGAAGAUAUGUAUGAUCUGAUGAUGGAUUGCAUUUAUGAUGAUGGUCCGUUGGGGUUCGAAAAACCUUUAGUGGACGCCAUGAAAAUGGAGGCUCAGGACCCCUUGGAGGAAGUAGAUUUGGGAGACGGCUCGAAGAAAAGACCAACCUAUAUAAGUUCCUUGAUCGACCCAGAGCUUAGAGGCAGGAUGAUAGAAUUGUUGAAAGAAUUCAAAGAUUGUUUUGCCUUGGACUACAAUGAGAUGCCUGGUUUGAGUCGAGACUUGGUGGAAUUACAACUGCCAAUCAAAGAGGACAGGAAGCCAAUAAAACAACUGCCCAGGAGAUUCCACCCAGACGUUCUAUUAAAGAUCAAGGAAGAAAUCGAAAGAUUGCUAAGGUGCAAGUUCAUCAGAGCUGCCAAAUAUGUUGAGUGGCUGGCCAAUGUAGUCCCAGUAAUCAAGAAAAAUGGUAAGAUGAGGGUCUGCAUAGAUUUUCGAGAUCUGAAUGCUGUCACACCCAAGGAUGAAUACCACAUGCCCAUAGCCGAGAUGAUGAUUUUCAUUGCCAAGGAGGAUGUGUCGAAAACAGCAUUUAGAUGUCCUGGUGCUUUAGGGACAUAUGAGUGGGUGGUCAUGCCAUUUGGUUUGAAAAACGCUAGCGCGACCUACCAGAGGGUUUACAUUGAUGACAUAGUGGUCAAGUCCCCAUCCAGGGAUGAACACUUGUCGCAUUUGAGGAAGGCAUUCGAGAGAAUGAGGAUACAUGUCUUAAAAAUGAACCCUCUUAAAUGUGCAUUUGGUGUAAUUGCAGCAUUAACCGAAUAUUCGCUCACUUAUGCCCCUUUAAAGGCAAUUAAGGGGCAAGCAGUCGCUGAUUUCUUGGCAGAUCACACUUUGCCUGAAGAGAUAGCUUACGUAGGAUUACAGCCUUGGAAGUUGUUCUUCGAUGGCUCAAGCCAUAAGGAAGGAUCAGGAAUCGGUAUGUUCAUAGUAUUCCCACAAGGCAUCCCAACCAAAUUCAUGUUUCGCAUUCGAGAAAGUUGCUCCAAUAACGAAUCUGAAUAUGAGGCUUUAGUCUCAGGCCUCGAAAUACUGUUGGCCUUGGGGGCAAAGAACGUCGAAGUUAAAGGUGACUCAGAAUUGGUUGUAAAGCAACUUACCAAGGAAUAUAAGUGCAUAAGUGAAAAUUUGGCAAAAUACUACGUAAAGGCCAUGAGUUUACUAGCCAAUUUUGACCAAGUAGGAAUUAGCUACAUACCUAGGGUAAGCAAUCAAGAAGCUAAUGAGUUACUGCAAAUUGCUUCUGGGUACAUGAUAGAUAAACAAAAAUUGAAAGAGUUGAUUAGGAUCAAGGAGAAAUUGAGUCCUUUGGAUCUUGAUGUUAUGGCUAUCGAUAACCUUACUCCCAAUGAUUGGAGAAAGCCAAUCGUCGAAUACUUGCAGAACCCUGUAGGGUCAACCGACAGGAAAGUCAAGUAUAUGGCUCUAAAUUAUACCAUCAUAGGCAAUGAAUUGUUCAAGAAGAAUGUAAACGGCACGUUGUUAAAGUGCUUAACCGAGGACGAUGCGUUCAUAGCUGUAUCAGCCGCUCACGACGGCCUAUGUGGCGCUCACCAAGCAGGGGCAAAGAAACAUUCAGGAAUCCAACACGUGCCAACUAGCGAGUUACACUCUAUUAUCAAGCCAUGGCCCUUUAGGGGAUGGACAAUAGAUUUAAUUGGCGAGAUUCACCCAGCCUCGUCAAGGCAGCACAGGUAUAUAAUUGUAGCGAUUGACUAUUUUACUAAAUGGGUUGAAGCCAUUCCACUACAGAGCGUGACGCAAGAAACGGUGAUCGAAUUCAUACAGAAUCACAUUGUGUAUCGUUUUGGAUUGCCGGAGUCACUCACAACGGACCAAGGUACAAUGUUCGUAGGACGAAAAGUGGCAGCCUUUGUAGAAUCCUGGGGCAUAAAGCUUCUAACCUCGACCCCCUACUAUGCUCAGGCAAACGGCCAAGUAGAGGCCGCCAAUAAAACUCUAAUAAGCUUGAUUAAAAAGCACGUGGGUCGAAAGCCAAAAAGCUGGCAUGAGUCCUUAAGCCAAGUCCUGUGGGCUUACAGGAAUUCACCAAGGGAAGCAACAGGCACAACACCUUUUCGGCUGGCCUAUGACCUAGAAGUCGUGCUACCUGCAAAAGUAUACUUGCAAUCGUGCAGAAUUCAAAGACAAGAAGAAAUCCCAAGCGAAGUCUAUUGGAACAUGAUGCUAGACGAAUUGGUAAAUCUCGACGAAGAAAGAGUCUUGGCGUUAGACGUUUUAACGAGGCAAAAGGAUCGCAUAGCUAAAGCAUACAACAAGAAGGUUAAAAAUCGAUCUUUUGUCACAGGGGACUACGUGUGGAAAGUUAUCCUCCUAAUGGAUAAGAAAGAUAGGGCCUACGGGAAAUGGGCCCCCAAUUGGGAAGGGCCGUUUAAAGUCGAGAAAGCACUAUCUAAUAAUGCCUACGUGAUUAAAGAAUUAAGCAGUCAGCGUCAAUUUGUUACAAUAAAUGGCAAGUACCUAAAAGCGUAUAAGCCAAUGCUGCAUGAAGUCAAAAUCGAAUAA